AUGAACUCUAAUACAGACUGUUCAGGGAAAGGUAGUGAGAUAUGCGACAACCCAUUGUUACAGAACGAAACUAAAUUUCCAGACGCGGUAUUUUCUGGAAGUGGUUCUACUGACAAUACCAAUUAUAAAGAAGCGAGAUUUUCUAGCGAUGGUUGGUGUCCAACCGAGUCUGGAGACAAAUAUCUUAAGAUUGACCUUCAAAACGAAUAUCACAUAACACGAGUUAUGAUUAUGGGUGAUAAAGAUCAGACAAGGUGGAGUGGAUCAUAUUCAUUGAAAUACAGCCAUGAUGAAAGUUUGGUAGACGGUGGUAGUGGUUUACAGAUAACAGGAAACCUGUACAGCUUUCAAGCAUCGACUACGGACGUUGAUAUUUAUAAUGUGAGAUACAUCAAGAUACAAUCAACUGGAAACACCGACUUUUGUCUUAGAAUAGAACUCUGCGGAGAAGUGCAAUCUCUGGCUCCUGUUCAAAACGUUGUUGCUAAACCAUCAAAUUUCUCUGUUCAUCUGUCAUGGACAACACCAUCGCCUGAGGCAUCAACUUUUAUCACACAUUUUAUCAUUUACCUAAACGGUACCGAGGUCAAAAGAAUAUCACCUCACACCAAACACUAA